AUGCGGUACAAGUCGAGGCGGCUGGUGCCAAAGCAUAGUCCGACGAUGAGCCUGACAUUCUUACCAACUCAACAAUCGAACUUGUGCGGGAAGGCUAUGCUCUCCGACAACAGGCCGAGGAACAAGCACUCGAGGUCGCCCGGGACUUCCCCGGCAGCUCCAAGCGAGGUGGAGGCUGAAGGAGGCAGGGGAGGAGCAACGCGGCGAUGCAUGCACUGCACGCGAAGAAGACGUUGUAGUGGGGGGGCCGCUUGGGCUGAAGACACUGUGCAACGCAUGCGGGGUGCAAUACAAGUCGGGGUGGCUAGUGUUGGAGUACAGGCCAGCGACGAGCCCGACGUUCGUGUCAAUGCAUCACUCGAACUCGCACCAGAAGGCCUCUGCGAGAGAUGGACCUGUACGGGCUCUCCGCCGCGCCGCUCGACGCCUUCCCCAUCGACGACCUCCUCGACCUCUCCAACGACGCCCUCUUCUGCUCCCCUCCCCCUCCGACCACUUCCUCCCCCUCCUCCCCCGCCGGACCCCCACCCCCACCCCUCCGCCUCCGGCCACCACCGCGCCUGCGCCGACUCCUCUUCGUCCACCUCGUCCUCCUCCUCCCCGCCCCCGCCGUCGUCCGCCGCGUUCCCCGCCUUCUCCACCGACUUCGCGCACGAGCUCUGCGUCCCCAGCGACUAUGCGGCGGAGCUGGAGUGGCUCUCACGGUUCGUCGACGACUCGUUCGCCGACGUCCCGGCGAGCGAGUUCGCGGCGGGGGCCCCUGCCGCACUCCCGGACGCGGCGUUCUCCGGCGGCAGGCCGCGGAGCAAGCGGUCGAGGCCGCCGGGGCUCCCGCGGCGGCCCCGAGCGAGGGCGCGGGGCCCGCUGGAGGCGGCGGAGGGAGAGGGGAGCGGACGGCGGUGCUCGCACUGCGCGUCGGAGAGGACGCCGCAGUGGAGGGCGGGGCCGCUGGGGCCGAAGACGCUGUGCAACGCGUGCGGGGUGCGGUACAAGUCGGGGCGGCUGGUGCCGGAGUACCGGCCGGCGGCGAGCCCCACGUUCGUGCUGACCCAGCACUCGAACUCGCACCGGAAGGUGAUGGAGCUGCGGCGGCAGAAGGAGGCGCGAGAGGUGCAGGCGCCUCAGCAGCAGCAGCGGCAGCGGCAGCAAGGCUAUCGUCACCCGCGGGACUUCGAGGUCUGCUGACGUGGCCGGCGCGGUUAGUUACGGGGAUGACGUAAGGAUUUGGGAAGGAAGGCGCUUGCUUCCGCGUCGUUCCGCGUGGGCUCGGAGCGACGGAUUUCUGCUCUCUCGCUGCAUUAAUCAAUGUGUGCUCGUCCACUUUUUCUUUUUUUUUUUUUCCCCUCUAUGUUAUUUUCUCACCCUUUGGUUUCUUUGCUUUUCCAAAGGAAAGCCAGUCGAGCAUUUCUGUUUCCUAAGUCAAGUCGUGUCGAAUUAUCAAAUGAGACGAGGAGGUGUCAUCAAAACGAAACGACAAUUACAAAGCAAAUGGGUAAAAAUGGAUUCGAUAUC